AUGGUUCUGCACAAGUCUGUCCGGCUCGAUCCCUACGCAACCGAGAUAUUGGCACAGCUCCGCGGCGAGGGUAAACGGCCGAGUUGGUCGAUAGAAAGCCCGCUCGACGACGAAGAGUAUGUUUUUGUCGGCUCCCCCGGUAGCUCCCCUACAGACCUAGAUCGACGGCCCUACUCCAGGAACGGCCCCGGAUCCACGGAUCCACUGCGUAUAGAUACUGAGCUUAAUCUAGCGGCUAGGUCGUAUACGAAGCCCCGAUCGUUUGCCGAUUGGUGGAUGUUAGAUCUUCGUAGCUACGGAUUGAAGAUCCACUACAACACUAGUACGCCCGGGUAUGUGACGUGGAUGGGCCAAGACGAGCUACUUUAUAAGGACCUCUACUUUACGAUAGGCGAGUUUCGCGGGUUUAUCUACGGGCUCGUGGGCGAAACUCGGCGGAUUCUGCGGCGAUAUUUACUGCUCGCAACAGGAGCAAGAGCGGGUGGAGUUUCCUCUAGGACAGUCGUACGAAGUGGCCUACGGACGGUGCGACGUGGCUUCGUGACCGAUACUGCGUUCCGUAACGUGUUUAUCGAGGACGGUAUAGUUGCACUCGCUACUAAGUAUUACAAAGGGUUUUACGCUAGCAACGAUGCUAAGAUUAUCUACCGUUUCCUGCCCCGCGAGGUCGGCGAGCUGCUCGUAUGGUAUCUGUGGCUGCACGGGACGACGAUUAACGUGUCGGUAUACCGGAAUAUCGCGAUUGGGAUCAGCCGGCGGUUUCUGCGCGAGUCCAGCGUGUUCCCGCAGAACCAAUUCGAUAAUAGUACUGGGGAUACGAUUGCGGACGAUAUAGACGACGAGGCUAGUAUGGACCCCGACUACUUCCAGGGCUAUAUCGCCGAUCUUCAGGCCGGGUACAGCUCGUAUGUGGCUGGGAUAACUUAUGGACGGGAGGUCACUGAGCGCGCGGGCACGACGGCGCAACGGCGGGAGUUCUUCCGACUAUCGAGCACGGACUGGUAUCGGUUUCUUGGGUUCCCCGAUGUGGAAUCGGGACUCGGGCGGCUUCUCGGAUAG